CGCUGACUCGUCACUCCGAUCGCUCAGUUCGAGUCUUGGUACGGACCCAUCACGCUGAGCAUCGUGUGCCUACUACAUUCUCCUCACUCUGCCCAAUCAUAAUAUCUCAUCAUUGCAUCCUGCCACCGAGGCGUUCUGGGAUGCAGUCUCCGUCUCAUGAAAGUCGUCCAGAUGCCAACCGUUCCAUGGAAAAGUCGGCUUACUGGUUCGCCGAUGGCAAUGUUAUCCUGCAAGCCGGGGAUCGUGGUUUCCGCAUCCAUACGAGCCUUCUCUCCCGACACUCCGUCUUCUUCCGCGAACUCUUCGAGCUUCCGCAGACAUCGCCAGAGAUGAUAGACGGCUGCGUCGUAGUACAAGUGCACGACCCGCCCGGAGACAUAGAGAUUUUGCUGUCUGCCUUGUACGACGGGUGUACGUUCAAUGUCGGAGCAAAAAAUCGCUUACCGUUCUCAACGGUUGCAUGCCUCAUACGACUAGGCCACAAAUAUCAGAUGGAAUCCAUCUUGACGGGUGCCAUAUCCCGUCUCAAGACCUGUUUCCCGGCCUUAUAUGCGGACGCCUGUAUGCUCCGCAAUCGACGCAGUUCUUACAUGUCAUUCAAGGACGAGGACGCAGUCGCAGUCGUGAACCUGGCGCGGCUCACUCAGACCGGUAUCGUCUUACCGGGAGCACUUUUCGUCUGCGCGCUGCUUCCGAACGAGUUGUUGCUCCACGGGGUUCCUCGCGGAGACGGCACAAUGGAACGGUUAGCUCCGGAGGACAUUGUACGGUGCCUCAAUGGCAGGGAGUGCUUAGUUCGGGCUGCUAGGACGCGGUUUGAGUGGCUACUCUUAGAGGAUAUGUACACUAGUGAUGAUUGCAGCCAGGAGGAGGAGUGUCAGCCCGCUAUGGAGAGGAUGGCCAAGGACAUCGCCCGACAGGGGCUGCUCAGCAAUAUCGACUUCUUGAACGUCAUGCUCGCAGGUCAGCACGAAACAAACAACAUGUGCGUAAGCUGCCGGCAAAUGCUGGACGACGACGACAACAAUGUGUGCGUGUACAUUUGGUCGAACCUUCCGGAAUACAUGGGAGUUCCCGUCAAGGAUUGGGGCAAGCCAGAUGCGCAAGACGUGCCAAUAGAGUCGUGACACCGGACAAUCGCGAAUCACGACUACUGUCACUCAUCCUAUCCGGCAUGUUUCCGUUAUAAACAUAAGGUGGCUUCUGCAUUGCGCGACGCAUACUCCACUGCAAUGAAGGGACUUCAGACGGUCACACCUCCUUCAAGUUGUGACAUGUGUCUAUCAAAUACUUGGUCGGAUA